UCAACUUGCUGUGUGCUCUCUGCUUUGCUAGUUGAUUCACUUACUCUCUUACUAAACGCUGCGUUCCUUUUCUCUGUUGGGGAAAAUACCUGAUUUUUUUAUUAUUUUUAAUAAGUCGAUAUUGAAAAAGGAAGGAUUGUGUAUUUGUUUUCUGUCCCUGCCGUUGCUCGCUGCAGCCUGCUGGAAAUCGACUUGUGCAAACAAGGAAAUGUUUAACACCAGGGAAUUCAGACGUGUUCAGUGCAUGAGAGGAUCAGUGUGUGUCGUUGUCAUGUGACACGGCUUGGAGUUUUCCGCUGCUUUGUCAGUGAAACUGGUAGUAGGUGGUCUGGAGCCGCGCUGACCCUCAUUGUACAGUGGAUGAAGUGACCAACCAUCUGCAGUGUUUAAGAAUCUGAAAGUGUCUGAACAAUUACCGUAAUAUAUGCAGGCUGGUCGUCAGUCUGAUUAGAAAGGAGGAGGAUUCGACUGUGGGCUUCCAUAUGCCAAACACGUAUAUGUUCCGUCUGUCGUGGAACAGUUUUUAAAGACAAGUGGUAUCAUGGUUCUGCCAAAGUGAGUUGCCGUUCAAAGACUGCAGUGAGAAGACACCGCUGUUAUGUUAUAACGCUAUGUGCAAUGGAACUGUUCACCUGCGAGCUGGAGAAUUACAGGGAUAAACUGGAAUUUUACUGGUGGGGAGGUGAGUUGUGAAGUAUUGGCAAUCAUUCUGAAUGAAGAAGAAGGUGUGAACAUACAGGCUUUUCUGAUCAGCACUUGGGAGAUUUCAAGUGCAUUUCUUCUGGCUGCAUAAAGCAGAUCGGGAAAGUUUAAUGGCUUUCAGGUAGAAGGCAAGGAAAGGGACAAUCAAGAUGAAUUCUAUGGACCGACAUAUACAGCAGACGAAUGACAGGCUACAGUGUAUAAAACAGCACUUACAGAAUCCUGCAAACUUUCAAAAUGCAGCAACAGAGCUCCUGGACUGGUGUGGUGACCCUCGGGCUUUUCAGCGGCCUUUCGAGCAGAGUUUAAUGGGCUGUUUAACGGUUGUGAGCAGAGUAGCAGCACAGCAAGGAUUUGACCUCGAUCUUGGAUAUCGGCUUUUAGCUGUAUGUGCAGCCAACCGGGACAAAUUCACACCCAAGUCAGCAGCACUUUUGUCAUCGUGGUGUGAAGAAUUAGGGCGACUUCUUUUACUACGUCACCAGAAGAGUCGGCAGAACGAUCCCCCUGGAAAACUUCCAAUGCAGCCAUCUAUGAACAGCAUGACCUCCAUGAAACCAUCUCUUUCCCAUGGUGAUGGAUCAUUCAGUUAUGAUUCAGUUCCAUGGCAACAAAACAGUCAGCCACCAGGAUCUGUAUCAGUCGUCACAACUGUAUGGGGAGUGACCAACACUUCUCAGAGUCAGGUGCUGGGAAACCCUAUGGCAAAUGCUAACAAUCCAAUGAAUCCAACAGCCACUCAUAUGGCCUCUGGGAUGUCCACAAAUAACCCUGGCAUGAAUUCACCACAAUUUGCUGGCCAACAGCCACAAUUCACUACAAAGGGGGGCUCCAGUCAGCCAUACAUGCAGCAGAGUUUGUACGGACGGCCCACUUAUGCAGGAGCAGGAGGCUUUGGCGGCAGUUAUCCUGGUGGGCCAAACACUCCGGGAGGCAUGGGCAUGCCUUCACAUAAUAGGCCGACUGCGGACUUUACACAGCCUGCAGCAGCCGCUGCCGCAGCUGCUGUUGCGGCUGCCGCUGCCACAGCCACUGCCACAGCCACAGCCACUGUAGCUGCCCUGCAGGAGACACAAAAUAAGGAAAUUAAUCAAUAUGGACAGGUUUGUUCCUCUUUCCAGAUGGGUCCAUCUCAGGCCUAUAACAAUCAGUUCAUGAAUCAGCCCGGUCCUCGUGGUCCUCCCUCUCUACCAGGCAGCAUGAAUCCAGCAGCCGUGGGCGGUGGGAUGACAGCAUCUGGUAUGAGUGGGCCUGCAAUGGGGAUGAACCAGACGAGGCCCCCUGCAAUGAACCCUUUUGGCAGCCAUAGUCAGAGAAUGCCUCAGCAGGCAUAUUCAGGCCAGAGAGCACAGUCAGUGCCCAUGCAAGGAAUAAAGAGACCAUAUCCAGGAGAUGCAAAAUGUGGGACUAAUAUAGGCGAUCCUUUCAAUGAAUUCCAGCCAAGUUAUGGAAGCCAGCAGUAUGGACCAAACAGUCAGUUUCCCAGUCAACCUGGUCAGUACUCCACUCCAACUCCCCCUAGGCCAAUGACAUCUCCCAGUUAUCCUGGGCAAAGAAUGCCUGGUCAGCAGGCAUCAGGCCAGUAUCCUCCGUCAGUCAGUAUGGCACAGUAUUACAAGCCUCAACGCCCUGUGGCAAACUAUCCACAUUCUCCUGUUCCAGGAAAUCCCACUCCACCUAUGACCCCAGGAAGCAGUAUUCCUCCAUAUCUGUCACCUACUCAAGAUGUCAAACCACCUUUCCCACCUGAUAUAAAGCCAAAUAUCAAUACUUUGCCCCCACCUUCAGAUACUAAAGGGAAAGUUCACACUUUCUCUCCUUCUUCGAUCUCAGUCAACCCCAAUGAUGAGCUACGGCUGACUUUCCCAGUGCGAGAUGGUGUUGUAUUGGAACCGUUUCGAUUGGAGCACAACCUUGCUGUCAGUAACCACGUCUUCCAUUUACGACCGACAGUACACCAGACAUUGAUGUGGAGGUCAGACUUGGAACUGCAGUUUAAGUGCUAUCAUCAUGAAGACAGACAGAUGAAUACCAAUUGGCCAGCAUCUGUUCAGGUCAGCGUAAAUGCAACUCCACUAACGAUUGAGCGGGGAGACAACAAGACCUCUCACAAACCACUGCAUCUAAAACAUGUUUGUCAGCCAGGAAGAAACACAAUCCAGAUAACCGUCACAGCAUGUUGUUGUUCGCAUUUGUUUGUACUUCAGUUAGUGCAUCGGCCAUCGGUGAGGUCGGUUCUUCAAGGGUUGCUAAAGAAAAGGCUUCUCCCAGCUGAACACUGUAUUACAAAAAUUAAGAGAAACUUUAGCAGUGUGGCAGCUUCGUCGGGUAAUGCCACAUUAAAUGGAGAGGACGGAGUGGAGCAAACUGCAAUUAAAGUGUCUCUCAAAUGUCCUAUUACCUUCCGGCGCAUUCAGCUACCAGCUCGAGGUCAUGACUGCAAGCAUGUACAGUGCUUUGAUUUGGAGUCCUACCUGCAGCUAAACUGUGAGCGUGGAACAUGGCGGUGUCCUGUAUGCAAUAAAACAGCACUACUUGAAGGCUUAGAGGUUGACCAGUAUAUGUGGGGCAUUCUAAAUGCAAUACAGAACUCAGAGUUUGAAGAAGUCACUAUUGAUCCAACAUGUAGUUGGAGACCAGUCCCUAUAAAGUCUGAGAUGCACAUCAAGGAGGAGCCUGACAGCAUUUCUGCAAAGAGGUUUAAAACUAUGAGUCCCAGUCAAAUGAUAAUGCCAAAUGUCAUGGAGAUGAUCGCAGCACUAGGUCCUGGUCCAGCACCAUAUCCGUCCAUGCCACCUCCCCCAGGCAGCAACCCUUCUGGAGACUAUGGUUCUCAAGGUAACACUUAUCAGGGGCAUUCCAACUUUGACUUUCCACAUGGACCCCCUGGUGGUAGCUCCAUGUCUGACUUUAUGCAUGGUCCACAACUUUCUCAUCCACCAGAUCUGCCGAGUGGCAUUAUGACACCAGACAAGCCCCUUGGUCACCCAGUACCAGAGCCAGCUUUAUCCAGAUUUCUUCAGCUGAAAGGUCCACAGCUUCUUCCAGAACUUGCAAAUCCAGACGACUUGCUUAACUACUUAGAUCCCCCUGAGUUGCCACCCAAUUGCAAUGACGACCUUCUGUCCCUUUUCGAAAACAACUGAACCUCCUCACUUCUACUGCUCACCGUGUGUUUUUUUUAAGUGAGACACUGGUAUAGCCUGGAAUCCUGUACAUCCUUCCCACAAGUACUUGUGACUGAAUAAAAACGGUGCACUCCCUGCUUUCUUCCUCUCAGAAUGGUGUGUGUUUUUUUUUUUUUUUUUUUAAAUUAGACAUUUUCCAUUGGAAUUCACAUUAAUCCCAUUAAGUCCUCUGCACUGUAAUUAACUUGCAGUCUUUUAAUAUAACAGUUAUUGCAGCUGCUGAGUCCACAUUCAUUUUAAUUUUACAGCAAGAGUUUUAUGAUCUGUCGAGAGUGAACUGUUUUAGAAAUACACAAGUCAUGACAACUGCCCCAAGCUUGUUGCAGAAUCUUCCCAGCUGGUGGUCUUCCAUUCCUGAAACUCUGGCUCUUAUGAUCUGCUUCUGACUUGUGACACGAACAGGGAUUCUGUUGGCUAUACUGAAAAAUACGAGGGGAAACAAAGCACAAAUGUUUAUUGAAAUGUACAGACACAUAAGCAAAACUGGAAAACUCAUGAAAGGGAGGUAUUUCUAACUCAAGAAUUUAUUUUGUAACAGACAGCCUUGUUGAUGUCCAGGCUGCAGCCUUCAACAGUGCAUUAGGACAUUGUAUUUGAAAAAGGACAGCACAAUUUACUCCUUUUUUCAGAGCUGCAAAUUCUAUUCAUUGUUGCUUCAAAAGAGUUUCACUAUGCAGAACUGAGUGAGUUCUGACACUGUGGAAAAGGGGAGACAUACAAGAUAUUGGUAGAAACCUUCAACUGAAUGGUUUAACAAAAUAUGUUUUGUUACACAAUGUUAAACAUCAAAAAAGCAAGUUCUGGUAAGAGUGCUGGCGAAGACAGAGGAAUUCAGUGCAGGAGGGACAGGAAGAAACUUCACAUCCAACUUCUUCUGUUUUUAUUUUAUUUUUAUUAUUGUUAUUAUUAUUAUUUUUUGUAAUAAGCUGGAACAGGGCACUUCAAUGAACUACAAUAACAGCAGCCUUUUUUUCUUAAAGACUGUUACACAUGGGCCUUUUCUUUUUGUCUUUCAGGAUAUUUUUUAAUAAAAAAGAGAACUUAGUAAUAUAAUAUGACUGCCCUAAAUAGACCCUGGUGCCACAGUCACUGUCUUGCCCCUGUGACAUGUGCUUUUUAUGUGGUUGGUUCUCCUGCAUGACCCUCAUGUUGUUCCUGUAGUCAGUAUGUGCCGUUUUCCCUUUGGUAAAUUCUGUACAGUAGUUGUGUAAGACGUGCAUGCGUGCCAACUUUACCCCUUGUGCAAUGAUGCCUCAGCAUUUCGCAGUGUAUCCUUUUCUGUUUCCUCACAUGCAGCUUUGAACUCCUUUUAUUUUAUUUUUCUGUUGAAAGCCCUUUUAUGUUAAUCAUCAUUUUUGACAUCAGGAAACUCCAUAGGGCUUUUGUUUUUAAUUCAUGAGCAAAAAUCAAUUUUAUGAUUUUAGCAUUUUUCUUUCACGUUACUGUGCUGCGGGUGACGUGAAAUCGGCCAGCUGUUGAGGAUCUGCUUUUAUCACCAAAGUUAUUUGUAAAAAUAAAAAAGCUGUUUUCUGUUUCAUGUUUUCUUUAAGCAUUGUUUAGUUCCCUCUGCAGAUUCUCCAUGGGAGUUGGCAGCAGUUUGAUGUAAAUCAUGCAAAAUUGGUGGUUUGCAUUUUAGUUCUAGCAGCAAAACUGAAACUGUAAGCAUUAUGUAGAAUUUGUUAUCCGUUUUUGUUUUCUUUUUUUACUAUGUGCAGUUCAGUAAUGCAGAAAUACUUAUUUUAAAAAUGCUAUUGUAAAUAUUUAUGUGAAUAUUUUAGCAUCAUCUUUGAUAAUUUUUCUUGGUUGUCUAAAGUCUGUAUUCUAAUGUUUUUAAAUAUGUUAAAAGGUAUGCUCUGUCUGCCCCACCAGUAGGUUAUCCAGUAGAACAGUUUUAAAUUUUUUAUGAACAUGUCCAUGGAAUAUAAAAAAAGAGAUUAUUUUAUGUAGUUGACCACACCCUUGCCUAUAUUAAACUUUGUAGCACGUUUGCAAGUGCUAUUUACUGGAAUAGAGAGAGGUGGCAUAGAUUUUGGUCAUUUCUUUUCAGAAAUGAAAAUUUGGGAUUGUAGGAAUUUUUUUUAAAUCUGUUUCCUUUAUUACCGUAAUUGAAUGUACUACACUUAUAAUUUCUGAUGUACAUGAUAAGUGGUAUUGGUGAAUGUGCAGACAUGAAGAAGUCAACAAGGCUGAUUGACCUACGUGGUUUAGGACUCUUAGCAAUUCUGCAUUCUACUUGCUGUCCAAAAGUCUGAUUUGGUUAGCAGAGCGUAAACAUACUUUUAUGGGUUUCACCGUUUGUUUACAUGCAUUUUGAGUUAUGCUAAAGUCAGGCAGCUGGUUUACAUCUAAGCAUUUUGUUUUAUGUGGUUGUACACUAGAAAGCAGUUUGUAUUUCAUCCCUUCUUAUGACUUCAACUUUUCUUAAGGGUCAUUUGCAACUUUGCAGUUGACAAAGUCCCCAUUGCCACCAGACAUUUGGUGUGGGGCAGAAUCUUCAAGUUCCACAGUGAAUAAAACGCAUUUUGCAGUUUAGAAAUCAAA